UUUUCCGCUAGGCGUCGGAGCGAGGAGGAAAAUAAUAUAAAAAAAAAGAAAAAAGUGUAGCCGUGAAUUUUGCGUUCCGCAAGGAGAAAAAAGUUUGCAAAAAGGGAUAAAUGUCCUCGUCCGCGAGUGCAAUUGCAUAAAUCCGUGUGUGCUUCUGUUUUAUGCGUAGGCUGGCUCAUAACGGUGAGACAAGAGGAGGCGGUGGUGGCGAAACGUCUCCCGAGAGAUCACCGGAAGACGAGGCCUCUUGCUGGUGGACUUCCUGGACGACUAUGGGCUGCUUCGGGUCGGCGGGGAGUAAGCAAACAGAUGCCAGUGGCUCUGAAGAUUCAAAGAGUCAAAAGAGACGAAGUGAUGCCAUCACGAAGCAACUGCAAAAGGAUAAACAGGUGUAUAGGGCGACACAUAGACUCCUACUCCUGGGCGCCGGUGAGUCCGGUAAAUCGACUAUUGUGAAGCAAAUGCGAAUUCUACAUGACGCCAAUGGCUUUUCCGAUCGUGAGCGGAAGCAAAAGAUUGAGGAUAUCAAAAAGAAUAUUCGUGAUGCCAUUUUGACGAUAACCGGGGCGAUGAGCACACUAAAUCCGCCAAUUCAAUUAGAGAAGCCCGAGAAUCAAGCAAGGGUUGAUUAUAUUCAGGAUGUGGCAUCAAAUCCGGAUUUCAACUAUCCAUCGGAAUUUUAUGAGCAUACAGAGCAUCUCUGGAAUGACCGUGGUGUUCAACAAACAUUCGAACGUUCGAAUGAAUAUCAGCUAAUCGAUUGCGCUCAAUAUUUUCUUGAUCGUGUAAGUGUAAUAAAACAGCCGAAUUAUAGCCCAACUGAGCAGGAUAUUUUGCGGUGUCGUGUCCUUACUUCUGGAAUUUUUGAGACACGAUUUCAAGUUGAUAAGGUCAAUUUCCAUAUGUUCGAUGUCGGUGGUCAGAGGGAUGAGAGGCGCAAGUGGAUUCAGUGCUUCAAUGAUGUAACUGCAAUUAUUUUCGUGACAGCCUGCUCUAGCUACAACAUGGUGCUGCGUGAAGAUCCAACACAGAAUCGUUUGAGGGAAUCCCUUGAACUAUUUAAGAGUAUUUGGAAUAAUAGAUGGUUGCGUACAAUUUCCGUAAUCCUUUUCUUAAAUAAACAAGAUUUACUAGCUGAAAAAAUAAAAGCGGGUAAAAGUAAAUUGCAAGAGUACUUUGCGGAGUUUACCAGAUAUCAAACUCCGGCCGAUGCAAUUGCUGAACCCGGAGACGAACCAGAAGUAAUUAGAGCCAAAUAUUUCAUCAGAGAUGAAUUUUUGCGCAUAUCAACUGCUAGUGGCGACGGAAAGCACUACUGCUAUCCCCAUUUCACAUGCGCUGUCGACACGGAAAAUAUACGGCGAGUGUUUAACGAUUGCAGAGACAUCAUUCAAAGGAUGCACCUCCGGCAAUAUGAGCUUUUAUAGAUCUUAUUAGUAAGCGAACUAUUUUGUCGUCGCCAUUCUUCUGUAUUCUGUCUAUAUAGUUUUCUUUUCAUUUAAAAAAAAAGAAGAAAGAAUGAAAGUAAGGGAAAAAAGUUUCUUCUUCCUAACUUGGGUGAGGAUAAAUGUGACGGAGAUGCAGUGAAAGGAACUUUAUUGUUUUUUUUUGUUUCACACAUUUUUCCCCCAACAAAUCACCAUCACGAAUUAUUCUUCGGAGGAUAAAAAAAGGAUAAAAAAAAGAAAAAAAAAUAAAAUCGAAGAAAAAAUCACAGCUAAAACUACAAUAAGGAAAAUACAUUUAAAAAAUAUAUUCAUUUUCACUGUAAAAGAUGAAGAAGAAAUCAUUGCAAAAAAAAAGAUGAGACACCAAAUCAAAUCACAUACACCAGCACACAUUGAAACACACACAAAAAAACUAGCCAAUUAAGGUAUAAAAUACACAUUUUAAAUUUAUUAAUUUAAUAGCUUAAGGGAUAUAAUGAAUGGAGAAGUUGUAGUUUAGAAAAGUAAAUGAAACAAAAGAAAAACUAUUAAGAAAAAAAAGUUUAAAAAAAAAGAUAACUAAAAAGAAGUCAAAUAGAACGAAGGGAAAAUCAAUUGCAAACCAAAUAAAUUAUUUAAAACUUAAAAAAAAAUAAUAGAAAGGAAAUGAAAACGGUCAGAGUGCGCAUGAUAACGGGAAAACUGCUGAGGAACGCAAAAUUCGUAUUAUACAAAAUUAUUAUUUGUUAUAAUUAAAAAAAAAAAUCUGUUCUUCAACGUUAAAAAAAAGGAAACUUAAACACAAAGAGAUUUUUAAAAAAUCCAAUGUGAGUGUGAAAAAAAUUGAAAAAAAUCGUGGAAAUUGUAAUCAUAUAAUUUAAAAAGAAAGCACACAACUUACAAAAAAAUAGUCAUUUUGCAAAAAAUAAAAAGGAAACAACUUAAGUUAUUUUGGGUAUAAAUGAAAGAUUAAAAAAAAUUGUAGGACUUUUUUGGUUUUAUCUUUUUUUCCUUUUUAUCAAUGAUGCGAAAGAAGUGCGAUAGAGAAAAGAAAUGUCAACAGUGUUAACACGGCAAAUUAUAUAAUUUAAUUUUAUUGUUUAACUUAUUUUUUAUUAGGUAAAAUAAAUUGGGAUGUAAAAAAAGAGGAGGAAAAAGUAAUAAGAUUAAAUGAAACUGUAGGACAAGAAGAAGAAGAAAAAACAAAUACAGUAAAAUUGAAAAGAAAA